AUGAAUGCUUCCACCGAUAUUCUCGCUCUUGCUCUGGACAUUGUAAACCACGCGGCCAACAUCAAGACGCUGCUCGGCUCCCAGAACCUUCCCGCUCCAGACUUUUUAUCUAACUCGACGGAGCUGCCUGAUACACCCGAGUAUGUUGCGCUGCGCAGCAAACUUGUGGCCUCGCUCGACGAUCUACGUCUGCUCGUCGUCGGCCCACGGACCACAAUGCGCGGCCUGAUGGGCUCGAGCAAUGACCUGGCCGCCCUCCAGGUUGCCUUUGAGUUUGGCUUCUUCACUAUUGUGCCUGUGGCGGAAGAAGAGGGCAUUGCCGUGGAAGCAAUCGCCCGACAGGCGGGCAUAGACGUAGGCCGGACACGGCAGGUACUGAGGUUCUUAUGCACGCAUCGCAUCUUUCGCGAGGUCAAGGAGGGCUGGUUUGCACACACGGCAUGCAGCGUGGCCUUCGGGCGAGACGAGAACUUGAUAGGGCUCGGACAAUAUUCGAUGGAUGAUAUGUUUAAGUCCGCAUCUUCGACGGCCGAUUGCAUCAAGGCCUCCCCUCAAGUGUCGGACCUCGUCCAUUCGCCCUUUACGACACGUCUGGGCGAGACCAUGUUUGACUACUAUGAGAAAAACCCAGAGUACGCUGCUCGGUUUGCUAAGGCCAUGGCGGGUGUCACAACAAUCGACCGCAAACCUAAUACACUUGGUGACAUAUUCCCAUGGGACACUCUCAAAGGCACAGUGGUUGAUGUAGGUGGCGGCAGCGGACACGUCUCAAUGGCGCUGGCACGACGCUUCCCGCAUCUCUCAUUCCGCGUCCAGGAUAGCGAGAAGAUGCUCGACGAAGGCCGACGCGUCCUCAGCAAGGAAGACCCGGCUCUGGCCAGCCGCAUUGAGAUGGAGCAGCAUGAUUUCUUCCAGCCGCAGCAGCCAGGCAACGCUGUCGCAGCCUUCUUCCUCCGCCACGUCUUCCAUAACUGGGCCGAUGCCGACUCGAUAGCUAUCCUCCGCGCGCUAGUGCCCGGUCUUGAAGCAUCACCUGCGGGAACACCUAUGCUGAUCAGCGACAGAGUGCUGCCUUGCCUGGGCGACGGGACGCCGCUGCAUGAGGAGCGUGCGAUGCGUCGGCAGGACAUCAUGAUGCUGGUGGGACUGGGUGCCAAGGAGCGCACUCGAGCCGAAUGGGAGGACCUGUUCCAGGCGGCUGAUGAGAGACUCGAGCUGAAGAAGGUGCAUGGACAGGGGCAGUCGGCUCUGUUGGAAGUUGUGCUGAGGAAAUGA